UUGAAAUUUGUGAUAUGUUAUAGGAGUCACUGCGGUCUGCCACUGCUCCGGACCCGCAGCUCUGUAAUUAACAUGACUGCGAUGGCGGAUCUUGAGCUACGAAAACUCCGCAAGAAACUUAGACAGAUUGAAACCUUAGAGCAUCUUCCACGGGAACUGGUCCCCAGCGAAGUCGCAAAGGUUGCACAGAAACAUGAGCUGCGGAGACUUGUAGAGGAAUUGUUAUCUCGGACUGUGGACGAGGAACCCCAGGAGGAACAUGUGGAGACAAGUGGAGAUUGCAGAGCAGCGUCGAUUUCCCAGCCAGACCCAGACAUCCAGCCGAGCCUUCAACCUGCAACAGCAUCUAAACGAAAAAAACACAAAGCUACCUCACAAGCACGAACAGCGCUUCCAGAUGAGACACCGCGCUCCGCAGGACGUCUUACAGAUUCUGCGUCCGCCUCACUGCACCCUGAUCCAUAUCCACUGCAGAACUCACAGUUCCUUGUUCACAGUUUGGAAGGACACAGCGAUCUAGUGACGUGCGUCCUCAUUCAUGACACAUACAUCAUCUCUGGGAGUUGGGACACCUCAGUACGUGUAUGGGAUGUACACUCCCAGUCAGAGGUCAGGACAUUAUGUGGCCACACAGAAGGAAUCACCUGCCUGGUCAUGGUCUACGUGGAUGGAACCAAGCUACGCUCAGAUCUUCUGCCUAUUGGAGAACAUGUUGUCUGCAGUGGAUCGUCCGACAGUAGCAUCAAAGUGUGGAGCCUGACCUCAGGCCAACCUCUCCUCAGUAUAUACACAUUCUCUGAGGUGUCGGCCAUCACACAUGUACCAGACACAAAGCUGCUGAUUUCUGGCUCAGAUGGUGGAAAAGUUGAUGUCUGGGAUCUGGAAACACAAGAAAACCUUCAUUCUGAGAGAGCACAUGAUGAGAAGGUGUCCGCAUUACAGAUCCAUUCUGGAUUGCUGUACUCCGGGUCAUUGGACGGUUCAUUGAAGAUAUGGAGAGUUGUCCCCUCUUCUGGAGCUCUCAGUCUUCAGCACUCCUGCGACCCUCUGGCCCUUUCCUUGAGGGGUCUGUACGGUCUUUGUGCCACUACGGACCAACUAUAUGUAGCAACACAGGGAUCUUGCAUAAAAGCCAUCAAUUGGAAACGAGACAAUCUCACCCGUCUGUCCAAUCACAAUUCCAGCUCUGGAUUUGUUGAUGCUUUAGCUAUUACACCUGACAAUCUCCUCAUUGCCACUGGCUUUAACAUUGACCAAGGACAUGGAUACCUGAACAUCCGUAACGUGAAGUCAGGCGAGUACCUGUGCACCGUGUCCUGCUCUGACGUCUCUCGCCUCUUGUGUUUGGCGGUUUCCUGUACGUCUGAUGGGCUCUGCCAAUGGGUGACAGGAGGGCGGGAACUGCUGCUGUGGGAGGAGCUUCCAAGGGGCGGAGCCUUGGACAGUUCUGCUGUGCGGGUCCAGUUCUGUAAAGACUUUCUACGUCCUGCUCCAGACAGUGAUUCUGAUCAUGACGAGGAGGAGGAGGAUCUGUGGGAAGCGGAGACGGAGGCUGAGCCGUCUGACAUGCAAGCCGAGCCGGGCAUCUGGCAGCGGUGCGUACUGAUGUAACCAGGGAGAAGCCUUCACCACCUACCACCACCACCUACCACAUACACUUAAAAUUACUUUUAUUUAAAAAUAAAACUGUGAUCAAAACCCUGAA